ACAAGAGACAAGCAAUAAAAACAAAUGAGGACACACAACUCAACUUCACUGCAACACUUGGGGAGGAUGCGAAUUAGCCGAACAAAACAAAAACAGCGUUAGCUGCUAACUUCUUAUCAAGAAAGAAACCAAUUCAAGCAAAAGAGAAAAGACAAACCCAACAGAAAGGCGCCAGCGACCGCGGAAUGUCAUCUUCAGCGACAUCAAAUGAGGACAUAACAUCAGCAGCAGCAACAACAACAAAAGCACAAGCUUCCCUGCUCCUGCUCAACGAUGAUUGCCUGGAAUUGAUUUGCCGGCAACUGAACACUGUGGAACAGUACAUUAUGUGGAAACUGCAUUCACGUUUCCAAUUCAUUGUUGAGCAUUUGUGGUCGACGACCUGUUUGCACACAGUCCAGGUGGAAGAUCAACAGGUCGCCGUGCUAAGCGAUAGCGAUUUUAUGGAAUUCAUGCAGAUCAUAAGCCAACACACAGUCGACUUAUCGCUGCAUUAUUUGAGGAAGCCACGCUUUGAACAAUUAAUUUCGCUGCGAUUCCCAAAAGUCACCAUUCUCAAGUGUAUCGAUCCGUUUCAGCUGCAUCGUAAUCAGACGCUGCGUUAUGGUCUCGAAGCGCUGCGGGUACUGCAAAAUUGUUUUCCCAACAUUCAAGAAUUGGAAUUGAAAGGUUAUCAUGUGCGCUAUUGUCGUGAUAUUUUCGCCAUUGGAGGCGGUAAUUUAAAACGUUUGGAAUUGAAAAUUCUUUAAGGCAUAGCCAGCGAGCCAGCCAGCCAAAAAAUGAAACCAUUGUUGGAUGUCAAUUUUUUG